CCACCAGCAUAUAAAUUCACCACAGGGAAUGAAUUACCCUCUUUGGAUAUUUCGCUAUUGACGACUACCCGAUCGCGAAUCGACUUUUGCCUCCAUUUCCAUCAUUUACACCUCCGCAAGACCUCCGAAGCUCCUUCGUCUCUCCCUCCCUUCCCAGCUUGACCAGCAAAAAAGCUGAAAGACUCCCUCGCCACGAUGUUAUCGUUUCUCUCUUCCAAUCUGUCGAAUACUCGACAAUCCCUCGCACAGGUACUGAAUUUCGCGCUCGUUCUAUCGACCGCGUUUAUGCUCUGGAAGGGUCUGUCGGUAGUGACAGCUUCCUCGUCUCCGAUUGUCGUGGUCUUGUCGGGAUCUAUGGAACCGGCUUUCCAACGAGGCGAUCUCCUAUUCCUGUGGAAUCGCAGCCCACGGGCAGAAAUCGGCGAAAUCGUUGUCUACAAUGUGAAGGGGAAGGAUAUUCCGAUCGUGCAUCGCGUUGUGCGAACCUUCCCCGAGGUUCAAGGGAAGGCCAAGACCGCGAAGGAGAUUACUGAGUCUUCGUCCAUCCCACCCAAUAUGCUGCUCACCAAGGGCGACAACAACGUCGCCGAUGAUACGGAGCUCUAUGCGCGCGGCCAGGACUUCCUGCACCGCGAGGAGGACAUCGUGGGUAGCGUGCGAGGGUAUAUGCCGAUGGUGGGAUAUGUGACGAUCAUGCUGAGCGAGCAUCCAUGGCUGAAGACGGUGCUUCUGGGGAUUAUGGGGUUGACGGUCAUCCUGCAGAGAGAGCAAUAGUGGACAGAUAGUAGAACGUGGAUAUAGGGCGCCUGUACACUUAAAACACGAGAUUUCCGAUGGACUCAUGCAUUGUCCAGGCUGUUUCUGCUGUACGGAAAGAAUUGUGGAAAUCCGGGUGAUCUCCAAGGGCAGUAAAUCUAUUCAACCAUGAUAAAUUCAAGCCCAGAAUCAUAUUAUAGAAAUGGUGCACAGUCACCGUCAUGACAUGACGCCUUGACGAGCUUCUUCUUCUCCGCCCCGCCUGGAUCCACCCCGCCAGGUGCAUCAUCAAAUCCAUCGACAUAAGAAAUCCCAAGAAGCUCUUUCUUUCUGCUGCGGACUAAAACUAGCCUGGUUUCAGGACCCUGGUGUUGCCUAGCUUCUCUUCUCCUGAGUACACCUUGAGUUCUGGAUCUUUUUGCCUUCUCUCCCUCUGUGCCCC